AAGGGGGGAUUCCCCACAACAUUCUUUCCUUUCUACUCCCCGCGCAAGCCCUGUAGCCAUCAGUAGGGGCAGCUCGGGCAGCGGGAGAGGCAGCAGCUGUAUUCGGAGGAGGCAGCGCAUUGCACUGCGCAUCCUCCCUCCCCACCCCCUACUGCUUCAGGCUUCCUCCCUUCAUCCCACUAUCCGCCCCCUCCCCCGCAUCCCUUCCUCCUGCAUCCUUCCCUCCUGCAUCCCUCCCUCCUUCCUUCCUUCCCUCCCUCCGUCAGCCUGCGCAGAGCCGCGGACAUGGCGCUCAGCAAUUUCCUCUUUGCUCAGUGCAUCUGCUACUUCUUGGCCUUCCUCUUCAGCUUCAUCGUGGUGGUGCCCCUCUCCGAGAAUGGCAACGACUUCCACGGCCGGUGCCUGCUCUUCACCGAGGGCAUGUGGCUCAACGCUAACCUGACGGUGGAGAGGCAGCGUUUCACUGUACAAGAGUGGGGGCCCGAGGCUGCCUGCCGCUUCAGCAUCUUCACCGGGCUCCUCUCCCUCCUGCUGGCCACAGUGCAGGCCUGGAGGACCCUCUUCUUCCUCUGCAAAGGGCAUGAGGACUCUUUCUUUUAUGCCUUCCUGAAUCUGCUGAUCAGCGCCUUUGUGGUGUUUAUCACAUUUAUUGCUAGCACUAUAGUGAGUGUAGGAUUUAACAUGUGGUGUGAUGCAAUUACCGAAAAAGGAAGCAUGCCAAAUAGCUGUGAAGAAUUACAGGAUAUAGAUCUUGAACUGAACUUAGAAAACUCUGCUUUCUAUGACCAGUUUGCUAUUGCACAGUUUGGUCUCUGGGCUGCCUGGUUGACUUGGCUGGGAAUUACCAUUCUGGCUUUCCUGAAGGUUUAUCACAACUACAGACAGGAGGACCUGCUAGAUAGCCUGAUUCACGAGAAGGAGCUGUUGCUAGGAAGAUCCUCUUCACGAUCCUCUUUGCAAGACGAGAAAAGUGGCAUGAUCUAAAGUGUAAGCAAAUUUCCAGGGCAGGAUGUAGAUUUUAAUAUUCAGUAGUGUGAGCUGAAGUUGAAUCAGGGUAUUAUCAGGUGUUGGAGAACUUUUCUUUCCUGAAAAGAGAUGUACUUGAGAAUCACCCACUUCCUCCAUGAGAAACUAUUGGCAGAAAUAUUACUCUUAUAAUACAGAUACUGUAACCUGCUCUUGCCAGCAGAGUUCCUACUGCCUUUUGGGGUGGGGACCAUUUUUGUGGACUGAGCUGGCAAUACCAGGCUACAGAGUCCAGGAUAUUUUGUCAAACUAUUCUGCAACAACAGUUGUCACUGUGGCUGUGUCCAGUUCCUCUUCCUUCCCUCUCCUUCCUUUUGCCAGUAAAGCCACCCCUAUUCUCACCUUAUUUUGCAUAAUUGCAGCUCCGGUACAGGUACAGACUCUCACUGUCUCUGCUUUUGCUGUAUGUAUGGAUGCAGUGCUGACCAACCUAUUGCUCCUGCUCUGAUUUUGAGUUCAUUUAGAACAUAGAGACCUGUGUUCCAGACUUGAUAAUUAAUAUGGGGCAGUGUUAAUGAAUUUCAUGCAACCACUAUCUUCUUACAGUAUCUGUCAAAAACUGUAUUAGUAGGAUGGAUGGUGGAGAAUUUUUGUGGGUUUUUUUCUUAGAUUUUGGCAUGAUCAACGUUUAUUAUGACUCCUGAAGUAUAGUGUAGCUAGCAAUUGCUGAAGCUUGCAACUAAGAAAUUAGGCUGAACAGGUAGUAUUAAUGCUUGUGCAUUUAUAAAUGUAACUUGGUCCCUAACAUUGUAUACUAUUCAGUUAUGAAUGUUAGAAUUUGCUUGUGAUAUUUAUUUCAUAUGGGGUAUGCAAACUCACUAUAAACAUUUGCAUUGUGGGUAUCUCUGUUUAUCUAUAAAUAUAGCAAGGAGCUUGAACAGCUGAGGUAUUUUA